GAGUCAGAAGGCCUCGGCCAAGCAAGAGAAGGUGAGCCUGAAGCAGGUCAAGAAGGCCUAGAAGCAGGCCCGGAAGGAGGCCAAGAAGGAGCCGAGCGCGUCCGAUGUGGCAGAGCUGUGCAAGGCCUUCGAGGGCGUUCGCCUGCAGGAGAAGGCCAGGCCCGAGCAGCGGCCGACCAAGCGCCAGGAGAAGCGCCAGGAGAAGGAGUAAAAGGCUGCGUCUCGGGCAGGCGCGAGCGCCCCCGCCGCGGCCUCCUCCAGGGUGUCUCCUGCAAACAGGAACGACAUCCUGAGGAACCUGCAGCUGUCCGACGACGUGGUCGACGGCGCCAUGGACCUGAUCAGCGCCCAGUGUCCGGAGCUGGGCUGCCUGUACGCCAGCGGGGCCGUGAUGUUCCUGGAGCCGCUGGCCUUCCCUCAGGCGCCCCGCUUCAUCCAGAUCGUCAACAGGGACACCGCCAUGAGUGUGGGCGACAUGCGCGCCUACGGGUCCACGGGCGGAAGCCACUGGCUCACCGUCUCCAACGUGUUCGCCAGCAGGCCCAACGAGGUGGUGGUGUACGACUCGCUGUACGACAGCGUGUCUCCGUCGACGAAGGCGCUGCUGCGCCAGCUGUACUUCCUGCACGGCGACGCAGAGGUCCGCUUCGAGCGGGUCCAGCAGCAGAAGGACGGGACCAGCUGCGGCAGGUUCGCCAUCGCCUUCGCCUUCGACCUGGCGCUGGGCCGCAACCCGCGGGACGCGGCCUACGACGUGGGCAGGAUGGGCGGCCAUCUGCUGGCCGCCCUCGAGGGCUCGCAGGUCACGCCCUUCCCCAGGCGGCACUGAUCUCCCUCCGCCUCUGCCCGCCUGGCAGGAAGGCCUCUCGUGCAACAGAAAUUAACAAAAUAGUUGU